AUGACAUCAUUCUCUUUCUUCUGUUUUCUGCUUAUUUCCUCAGUCAUUUCCUUCGCUUCUCAACGAAAACCCACACUCUCCUCUCUUCUAAUCUCUCUUUCCACCCCCUCUCUCCCUCUCUCUCUCUCUCUCAUGCCUCUUGUGUUAGUUCCUCUUUCCUUCUCUCUCUCGCCAAUGAGCCUCAUGUUAAUCUACCUUUCCACUCUCUCUUUUACUCUAUUGCUCUUUUUCUUAUCAUCUUUCUCUUUCCCCCAACGCUUUCUCUCCGUUAAUCCCUCUAUCAUUCCCUCUCUCUUUCUCCAACGUUUCUUAUGUUACUUUUCUUUUCUCUUCUCUCUCUCUCUCUUUCUUCCUACUGGUUCUGUUGCCAAUAUCCUUCUAUCUAUAUCUUCCCCAACGCCUCGCUUUUCAAAGUCUUUUGCCCCCCCUCUCUCUCUCUCUCACUCUCUCACUCUCUCUCUCUCUCUCACUCUCCCCCACAACGUCUCUAUUGCUAAUUUCUUUUUCACUUUCUCUUUUCAAGGUUCCUCCUGUUAUUAUCUUCCUCUUUCUCUUUCUCCAAAGCUUCCUCUAUUAAUCUCUCUUUCCAUCUCUCUCUCUCUCUCUCUCUCUUUCUCUCUCUCUCUUUCUCUCUCUCUCUCUCUUCAACGCUUCUCGUGUUAUUCUUUAUUUCCUCUCUCACUCUCUCUUACCAUUGCUUCUAUUGUUAACCCUCGCUAUCUAUAUCUCUCCCAACGUCUCUCCUUUCAAAAUCAUUAG